AUGGCCGACAAGGCAACGGUAAAAGGGCAGGGACGUCGAGUGAGAUACAUGUUUCGGGAGAAAGAAAUGUGAAAUCCGUGUUAGAUCUUGUGAAACCAGACGGGAAGUAUUAAUAAAACGGCCGUGUUAUUGCCUCUUUCGGUGGUGUAUUUAAGUAAAAUAUUGUCAGACUAGUCUAUAGUAUUAGUGUAUUAAUUUAUCGUUUAAAAAAGCGUUCGCGGGCCGUGUGUAGGAAUAAAAGGGCUCGCUAGAGAUUUAGUCAGCUUGAAGAAAGUUAUAAUAUUUAUAAUAUUUUACAAUGGCAGUUAGGUAGUUUUAAUGGUUUGCUCAGCGUUUUUUUUCAAUAUUGAGCAUAUUUCUAUCAAACUGAAAAUGUAAAGAAAACAAUCAUAAUGAAGCCACAGAAAAAGGCAGCAGUUGCUCGGAAGGCAACAAAAAUGCCAACAAUUGCUAAAAAACGUCGCUCAUUUUUAGAGAAAUCUAUAUCUGAUAUAAGGAAAGAGAAAAAGCCCAAGAAGCUUGAAAAAGGAGAAGAUGUAAAAAAGAAAAUAGAAAGUGACAAGAAAAAGUCAGAAAAAGCUGAAGAGAAGAAGAAGAUAGAAGAUAAGAAGAAAAUUGAAGAAAAGCGAAAAGAGAAAUGUGAAAAAGUGGAUGAAAAAAAAAAGUGUACAAAAGAUCAUGAAAAAAAGUGGGACAAAGUUGAAGAAAAGAAAUUAGAUAAAACAGAUGAAAAAAUUACAGAUGAGUGUACUUAUGACAGUGCAGAAAAAAGGAAAGUACAAAAAAUAGAAGAGAAGGUAAAAUUGGAUAAGCAAGUUAUGGAAAAUAAGAAAAAGCCUGAAAAAGUGGAUGAUAAAAAGAAAAGUGGUAAAUGUGAUGAUGAAAAUGUGGAAGACCAAACAAAACUUCUAAAUAUUACAGAAGAGAAUGAUUUGCAUGAAGAAAAGUUAGAUAUCCUUUGUUCCAUUGCUAAGAAAAAAUGUAAAGACGAGAAAAAGAAAGAUUCAAAAUUAGUGAAAUCUGACAUUAAGGAAAAUAUAAAAAUGUCUGUGAUAAAGGAUAAAAAAUCAGAACGUAAAAAACUUAUUGAAAAAGGUACUAUAAAUACUAAAAGUUCUUUAGCACGAACUAAGAAGGAUUCUAAGACAAAAUCAAUGCAAAAGAAAGGUAUCUCUAGAAAGACUGUUUUAGCAAAAAAGUCACACUUAUCAGUAGUUCAAAAAUUGGUGGAUAAAAAAAUUAAGUUAAACAGAUUGGUAAAAGAUGAAGAAACAUCGGUAAGUGAAGAAGAUGAGGCAAUGAAAAGAACAAAAAGGAAAAAUGUUAAUAAUUCUAAGAAUAAAAUUAUACAAGAGAAAAAACCAAAGCUAGGAAAACAUAUGAAAGCUAAGUUGCCUUCAAAAAAUAAUAAAAUAAAUACUGCUUUAAAAAAGGAUGAUAAAUUAAAAACACUUGUGGAAAAAGUUAUAUCUAAAAAAAAGAUAGAUAUAAAGGAAACAGAAAAAUCUUUAAAUGAACACAAAAAAAUUAUAAGUAAAGAUGAAGUAAAUGAAGAAGCAAACACAACAGACAUAAAAAGUGAAUUGGAAGAAGAUAAGGGCAUUGAUAAAAGUAGUAAAGAAGAAUUACAAUCAAAGUCUCCAGAUAUUAAAAAAAUUGUUAAAUCUGCACCAAAAAUAGGCAAAAAGGUUAUGAAAAAGAAAACUGUAAAAGUACAAAUGGAGAACAUUAACCAAACAUUUUCUUCUUCUGAAGAAACAUCUUCUGAGGAAUCUAGCAAACAAAUCAAAGUUUCUGAAGAUAGUCUAAAUGAUAAUAUUUCUUCUAAACAAGAACCAAUUGAUAGUGAAAAUAUAGUUGAUACGAAUUUGAAAGAUGAACCAAUUAAUGGAGACAAUAUAAGUAAUAAUAUCUUAUCAUCAGAAUCAGAAGAUGAAAGUGAUGAUGAGGCAAAGAAAAAUAAACAGAAAGAAAUUAAGAGAAGAGAAAGAGCUAGUUCACCAUCUGAUGAACGUGUUAGAAGAAUGAGAUUGUUUGGUUUCUGGAGUGGACCAAAGCGACAUAGAGUUGCUUCCUUAAAUGCAUUGGCCAAAGUUCAUUGUUUAUAUGAAAAUGAGACUGGAGGUGUUUACCUUGGUGGUUUUUGUAAACCAAAACCUGAAAAAGAAAAGCAAAAGAAAACUAAAGAAGAGAAAGAAGAACAAAUUCGAAAAGAAAAAGAAAAGAAGCCAGAAACUAAAACAGAAGAAAAUAUUCCGAAAAGAAAACUUAGAAAUGUUCCAGGAUUACGUGGGAAACAUUGGGAUAUGAUAGAAAGUUCUUCAACUUCAUCUUCUUCUGAUGAUGAAAGCGAACGUGAUAAAACUAUAGAACAUAACAAGAAAAAAAUAAUCAAGCGAAGGAAGAAAAAUGAAGAAGUAAUGGAUUUGAAAGAUAUGGUUGUUUGUAAAAGAAUGGCAAGUCUCAAUGCUACAGCUAUUCUAGCUGCUUCCUAUUCAGAUGAAAAAAAUCGUUGUGGUAGUAGUUCUGAUUCUUCCAGUGAAUCAGAAGUGGAAAUUAUUAAAAAACGUAAACAAAAUGAUUCUGAUAUUGAAAAACGAAAGUCUAGGCAAAAUGCAGAACAAGAUGAAGUUCUAAAACCAUCUAAUAAACUUGUUAUUGUAAAUCAAGAUACAGAUGUUACUAUUACUGGUGUUUAUGUUAAUCAAACUCGAUCUACACAUCAUGAAGGUUUUUGCAGCAUUGCUGGAAUGCAAUAUAGAAUAAGUUCGACAAGUCAUACUCAAACUGCAGCUACUGCAGUUGCUACUGAGCUCCAUGACCAGCAAAAAUUGGAGCAACCUUGUAAGUCAUAUACGCCAUUAGGGGCAUUAUCUUCAAUGCAACCACCUGGUAGUCAAAGUAAUCAUCCAAACAUGUCACCUCGAAGACACUCUGCAUUUUCAGCACCACAUCAACAUGGGUAUUAUCAGCCGGCUGGACCACUGAUACAACACCCACCAACUUUACCACCUCCACCAACUUUACCACCUAUUAAAGGUCCUCCUCCAGAACCAACUCCUACACCUCCGCAAAAUUCUGAAGGUUCAGAUGAUUUAGUUGCAACUUCUACAACUUCUGGAGGAACUAGUAGUACAGGAGGUGGGUUUUAUAGGGCAUAUUGUCCUCAGUACUAUAGUACACCACCACAAUACGCAGAUCUGUGUUAUCCACCAACAUAUUCUCAUCCACAUGCUCAUCCACCGCCUUAUUAUAAAUAUGCCCCAACUUAUAGAAGGCAGUAUUAUGGAUAUCAGGAAUCUGGUGGGGGCGGUGGUCCUGGUAGUGGUGGUACUGCAGGAGGACCAGCAGUUGUUGAUUAUCAACCACCCCCGCCACCACCUGGUGAAUACCCCCUGCCAUAUUAUGGAGGAUAUCCUCCACCUCCACCACCUCCUCCUCCUCCACCGAAUCCGGCAUACUUACAUUCUCAGGGAAGACCUUUUGUAGAUCAUGCUGCCUGUCAGGUUUGCCCAUGCCCGAUGCAGUCUUGUCCAAAAAACGUGGAUACUGGGCCCCUUAUUGGUAAUGGUAAGGGAGCGCCAGUGGUAUCGGGGCACGGUCUGUCAUUGCCACCCAGUGCUUUGGUAGGUCCGCCCUCGCCGGCGAGGGGGCUAGCCGGGCUAGCGCCGCCUCACGGUGCCAAUGCCUGGGAUACGGAUCGCGUCCAACUUAACACUCAUCGCAACCUGAAUCAGAACCAACCUUCGGUCCCUCCGUCUCACAAUCUAGUCGGUGGACAUAAGCGCCCACAAAAUUCGGAUUGUAAGAAUAAGGAUGAAAAGGAUUGUGCAGAAGAUAAAUUACAAAAGUGCGGGUGUCAGAAACGUGCAUGUACAUCAACCUGUGAAGUUAAAUUGGAAACUCUUUCACCUUCUGAAAAGUUAGCAGUGACAAACUGUCAAAGCAAAUUUCACAAUUUUAAAUUAGAAAAUAAUAAUGUGAAAUGUGAAUCCUGCAGUGUGGAAAUGGGCGAUAAUUUGUCGUGUGUUGCAAAUUGUAAUGUUAAGUGUGAAUCAGAUUACAAGUGCGAUAUUAUGAAAUGUGAACAAUGUAUGAAAGAAGGUCAAAUGGCCAUUCUAGAAAUUGACAAAGAUUCUGGAAUAUUACUUGAUGAUAAAUUGGAUACAGAUCCCGAUGUUAAAGAGGAAUUGAGCAAUGUUAUUGCAAUUGAUAGUGAAAAUUGGAAAAAACCAGAUUAUGAACCAACUGUGCAAGAAACCAUUGAAGAAACUGUGGAUAAAGAAAGUAUAGAAAAGUCAGAAACAGAACAACCAAAAUGUCAAAAAGUAUCAAAAAGAAAAUUAUCUUUAGAUAGCUUAUCUGAUAGUAGAAAAAAGAGGAAAGUAAGCAAAAGGACACUUUCUGUUGGCUCUUCACAAGAUUUAAAUAGUAGUGAUUUUUCAACAAAAAUUUCUAUACCAAUCUUAUCACUUAUAAAAAAGAUUGAUAGCAACAGUGAUGAAGGUGUUUCAAAGAAAAAACAUCCUAAAAGAGAUAAUCAAAAUCAAAAACGUAAAAUAGAAAAUUCAAAUUGUUCUGAAAAUGCAAUAAAAAAGUCAAAGACUUCUAAACAAAGUACAAGUAAUAAUAUUCCAAAUUGUUUAAAGCAUGCUGCCAGUGAUAAUUCCAUUAUGGAAACUAUUAAUAAUGUUAUUCAACAAAGUUUACAAAUGACACAGAAACGAGAUCGUAAAAGUAAGAAUACUGAAAAAUUAGAAAAAACAAAGAAAGAAGUAAACUUAUUAUCAGCAGUGAAAAAGGUAGCUAGAAAAGUUGAUUUGGUAAAAGAAUUAGCAUCAGAGAAAUUGUCAAAAGUAAUUACAAAAAACAGUCAAUCUAAAGGUAAAACAGAAACACGAACAAAAUCAAGAACACAUGAGAAGAAUAGAUGUAAAGGAAAGAGUAAACCUAAAGCAUAUGAAACAAAAGCAAAAGAUAAUGGGAAAAAACAUGAGAGUACAACAAAAUCUAAAGCACAUGAUAUUCUUGAGUCUACUAAAAAGUCAGCAUUAAUAAAAAAGAAGCGAAAAAGUACUAAAAAACCACCUGUUAAAAAAUCUAGUUCUAAAAUUGAAGAUUCCUUAAUAGGAAGUGAAAGCCUAAUAUUAACUAGAAAAACAUUCUUAAAACCCAAAUGGAGUAAUGGUUGGAGUUGGGAAGGCGAUCCAUUUGAAGCCAAAGUUUAUUUAACGAACGAAGAAUCAGCUAUACGUCGAUGUUAUGCUAGCAUGAAGCAUGAAAGUGGUGAUAUUCUAAGACCUCGUGAUUGCGUGUUAUUAAAAAGUGGUCCACGUAAAGCAGAUUUACCAUUUGUGGCAAAAAUUGCCGCCUUAUGGGAAAAUCCAGACGAUGGUGAAAUGAUGUUUUCUUUGUUAUGGUACUACAGACCUGAACAUACCGAGCAAGGUAGAACUCAAUACGACACCGAAGACGAAGUCUUCGCUUCACGUCAUCGAGAUGCAAAUAGUGUUGCUUGUAUAGAAGAUAAAUGUUAUAUUUUGACAUUUAAUGAAUAUUGUCGGUAUCGUAAAAAUUUACGAAGAAUCGAAGAGGGAUUAGAAAGUCCCGGUUUAAUAGUUCCGCCGGGAGAUCAACUAUAUCCAAGAGAAAAUCGGCAGCCCCCGAUACCAGUACCCUCGGAUAUGGUUCUCUUUUGUCGACGUGUUUACGAUUAUCGCGGUAAAAAACUUGUUAAGAAUCCUGGAUGACUCGAUUUUUUAUAAAGCGCUUUGAACAGGAACCAAUGGAAUGCACAAAGUUUGCUGCAUAAGUUGAAACUGGACGUAGGUCUCCCUUCAAGCGUAACUACACAUUAAUCAAGUUAUUUUGAUUUUAAGGGUGGAUGAAUUUUCAUUAACGUUUUUGAUCAUUUUUAAAGCUUUACAAGUUAGAUAAAUUUUUAUAGGCAUAUACGCAUUUUUGUUACGAUCAUUGGUUAUCGA